AUGUUUCAGUGGCCCUGUGCGCCUCAGUGGAGGAGUAGCGAUACGGGAAAGAUCUGGACUUGCAUGUGAAAUGAGUGUUAACAAGAUGGACGCUGUUCCUCGCAGGCCCAAUCCAGCCCUCUGCCAUCUGUCAGAUGUCUACGUGCUUUGGGGGAAACUAUUUGGAAAACUUUCAGAAGACCUACACAGUCUGUUUAUAUCUUUGGUGGGACGAUAGUGACAGACUAUCAGCUUGCCUCCGCCGGUCUGUUUUGUCAGGACUGAAGGGCAUUUUAUAGGAGUACUCACUGGCAUAGAGACACAGUAAGUCACACAUGUGCAUGCGGUUGCAUUUAGCGGAAAACUGGGCCGGUUUCCUGCGUGGCAGGAUGCAGGUGCCGGCAAUCGGCGCCAUCGAACGGUCGCCCCUAAUGUUCUCAAUCUGUUCACGGCCCUGGAAAGUGGUCUAAUCUUUUGGCACGAUUCCCGCAUAAUCCUCCAGUAAUCCUGUGAUAGAAGAGGGCAAGAGAAAAAGCAGCAUUUUCAUCACCAAAAUGGAACACUUGCACGGGAGACAAAUACGUGGCUCUGGAUUGGCAACGCGGGUCUCUCAGUGUCCAUGCCUGAAGCAUGCUUCUCUCCUUGGGUCCUGAAGGGCACUGGCCAUGUUGGUGGACGGUCUGGAGGAUGCAAAAUGAAGAACGGAAGCAGACUGAAAGACGCACACUUCUCUACCUCUGGCAAUGCCGGAAACGGUGCCAGUGUAACGUCAGGCCUCCAGGCUGUCGCACAAGGGGCCUCGACCAGUGAAGAAUGAGCCGGAGUCGCCGCAUCCCGAACCGGCCAAUCAGCAUCUACAAGCACCACAGGGAGUCUGCCAGCGGACUGAUGGGAAGAAAGUGAAAUCAAGUGUCUGAACUGGCUGUCCCGUCUCCCAAAGGCUCAUGGAAGCCAAGGCCCGACAAGACAAAGCUUUCACAAGGGUCCGAUAGUCCGUCCGUCUGACGGUUGCUCAUUAGCAGGAGCAAAAAGCAGGAAUUAAAGUUCUAACAUCCUUCCAGGAUCUGUAUAAAAGCACUUGGGCUUCUAAUGGACCGUCGUUGUUAAGGGAGAUGCAGAGGGACUUCCCUGCUGCAUCACUGUGUUUUUAGGCUCUCCAUUCCUGUCUGCUCCACCUGAGACUCUUGGCAGGGAGGGAAUCCCAUCAGGAAGAGGAGGAACCAAGCAGUGUACAGUUUGAGGGGCCAAGGGGGAAAGUUGGAACAGCCCAACCAUGCAGUCAGACGACCUAUUUGUCCGCAAGUUCUGCCGGCAAAGCCCGCGGCCCGCACUGACAGCCAUGUCUUUCGAGCCCAGGCGAGACCCAUGUCUGCGGUCGCAGGUCAAGCCUGAGUGGCCCCCUCGGAGAGAGGAAGAGGAAGUCAUGCUUGGUGAGAGCCCGCCCCCCAGCCAGGCUGGCCCUGGUCUGCGCUCGGCCGGACGCAGCCACAUCGUGCAGAGGAGCAACAGUGAGGUUAUACUGGGCGAUCUGGAAGCCUCAGGGACAGCCUAUGGGGCGAGAGCAAAGGCACCCGGGAUGGGGAGCCUAGGGUCGCAGGAUAAUCUCAGCUCACUCCUUCACCGGGAUUAUGGCAGUCUCUCUUCCCUGGAGCGGCGGUCAUGUGCCCGCACGGAGGACAGCGAGGAGCAGAUGGCCCAGAGCCCCGCCGCACUCCGCUUCAAAGACCCCCUCGUCUUGCUGGGCUUGCAAGGAACCGACAUAGAACCUGAUGGCUUCUCUCGUGCUCUCGAUGUGCCAGACGGGGAGCCGCUGAAGCAGGCCAAGGUGCCAAAGCAAGAUGCACAGAACAAGAAGGGUAAGUGGAGCCCCACGCUGGCGCCGCGGGCCUGCCCCGCCGACUGCCUGCCCGGGGCCACAUGGGUGCACAACUUUGCGCACUACGACGUGCAAAGCAUCCUCUUUGACCUGACGGAGGCGGUGUCAAGCCGCGACAGCAUUGGCCGCAAGAAGAACAUCACCUCAGGGGCCUCGGCGGCAUCCCAUGUCCAGCCCUCCACCUCGGGGGCAGCGUCCCAGCUGGUGGGGGGGGUCGGCGGCGAUGGGGGGACGGCGGAGGACCCCGAAGGCCAGAGGGAGAUGCCGCUGCCCCUGGACGAGGGAGACGGCAACAACAAUGACAUGCUGCUCAGCUGCCCUCACUUCCGCAACGAGACGGGGGGCGAGGAACGGCCGGGGCUGGGGCGAGUGCUCGGCGCGGGGGCGCCGUGGCUGAGCCUGCAGACCCCCAACGACGCCGUGUCCAUCCUGGAGGAGCCCCGCGAGAGCCACAUUCAACAGCAGCCCAAGACCAGCUACUUCAUUGAGCACGCAGACCUGGGGGCGCACUACUACCGCAAGUACUUCUACAUGAAGGAUCAUCAGAAUUUCUUUGGCGUGGAUGAGCGGCUGGGCCCGGUGGCCAUCAGCUUCAGGAGAGAGGAGAAGGAAGGAUCAAGUGGUGCCCAGUACAACUACAGGAUCAUUUUCCGUACCACUGAGCUGAAGACGCUGAGGGGCUCCGUGGCAGAGGAGUCGGUGAGCACGGGGGCCCGGCACACGGCCCCGCGGGGCCUGCCCCACCGCCGGCUGCUGGAGCACAUCCUGCCCGAGCUGAACCUGCACUGCCUGCGGCUGGCCUCCAACUCGCCCAAGGUCCCAGAGAUACUGCUGAAGCUGGACGAACAGCGGCUGAACUUCCAGCGGAAGGUGGGCAUAAUGUACUGUCGGGCCAAUCAGAACUCGGAGGAGGACAUGUACAACAACGAGUAUGCAGGCCCCGCCUUCGAGGAGUUCCUGGACCUACUGGGGCAGAAGGUUCGACUGCAGGGCUUCGACAAGUUCAGGGCUCAACUGGACAACAAGACGGACUCUACCGGCACCCACUCGCUGUACACGAAGUACCAGGACUACGAGAUCAUGUUCCACGUGUCCACCAUGCUCCCCUACACCCCCAGCAAUACCCAACAGCUGUUGCGGAAGAGGCACAUCGGCAACGACAUCGUGACCAUCGUGUUCCAGGAGCCCGGGGCAUUGCCCUUCACGCCCAAAACCAUCCGCUCUCACUUCCAGCACGUGUUCAUCAUCGUCCAGGUUCAUCACCCCUGCACUGAGAAUACCUACUACAGGGUGGCUGUGACGCGCUCCAAGGACAUCCCCCUGUUCGGGCCCUUCUUCCCCAAGGGGGCUCGCUUCCUGCGGUCGCCGGCGUUCCGGGAUUUCCUUCUGGCCAAGGCGGUGAGCGCGGAGAAUGCUGCGGAUAAGUCCGAGAAGUUCCUCUCCAUGGCCACACGCACGCGUCAGGGAUACCUGAAGGACCUGGCGGAGAACUUCGUCACCACCUCACCCAUCGACUCCUCCACCAAGUUCCCUCUGCUCUCACGGGCCGUCAAGCGCAAGGACAAACUGAAGAGCACCAAGGGGGCGGAGCUGCACAGCGCCGGGGCUCUGGUGUGGCCGGUCGUGGCGUCCGGAGGCGGGGCCUGCGCUGAGAGGCUCCCCUGCCUGCUGGUCAUCUCCGGGGAGUCCGUGGUGCUCAUCGAAUCCAGCUCCCGCCUGGUGGUGUUCAACUGCAACUCCCGCGACGUGAUUGGCUGGAAGGCGGUGACGGAGGGCGGGGCCAGCGGCGGGCCCUACCUGGAUAUCUAUUAUGAGCGGGGAGAGUCGAUCUCCAUCAGUGUUUCUGAAAGCCAGGUGGAGGACGUCCGGGAGGUGGUGCAGAGACUAAAGAGGGUGUCCGGGGCCUGCGAGGUGCGGGAGGUGAUGCCCCUGCGGGACUCGGUGGGCCACCCCGGCUUCAUGCUUAGCGAGGACGGCUUCGUGAUGGAGCUGCAGCAGUCCAGCUAUACGGAGAGCGCAGGCCUGCAAAUGGGGGCGCGCGUGGUGCGCCUGUGUGGGCGCCCCCUGGUGGCCCUGUCGGCCGCCGACCGGGCCAGCCUCCUGCGCUCCGCCCCCAGGAUCCACCUCACUGUCAUCCCGCCGGACAAGAACGGCAAGCAGGCCAGGAGUUUAUCAGAGCUUUACCAGAAAGCCUUACAGGGCACUGAGCUGAAGCCCGGGGACAACCAGUCCAGGGAGGCCUGGGUGGUGGAGGAGAAGGAGGAGCAGGAGGAACCUAGAGGUCAGGAGGCGCAGGAGCACUGGCACUCGGGAGUCAGGGACCAGCGCUCACUCGUGUCCCCACCAUGCCCGCCCCUCCAGAGGGCCACCUCCUUCCAGGAUGACAGCGCCAGCCGCCCAUCUCCGACGGGCAACUACUUGCUGGAGACGCCGCAGCUGCAGCCGAACCCCUGCAGCGACCGGCACUUCUACGACAAUCGGGUUCAAAGGAGGAAAAUGCACAUCUACGAGGUUCCUGUGGAGGUGCAGACCACCACACCUGACCUCAUCCCCAAAGCCUUGGUGGAGGAGAAGGAGGACCUGCAGCAACAGCAGGCCCUGUCCUCACCCUGCCGCACCCCCGAGGUUGUGGCUCCGCCCACCACUGAGCCUGUGGCCCCCUUGGACAGCACUGACCACAGCUCCUCUGCCCAGAACACGCAGAACUCCUUAAACAAGAUCCUGUUGGAGCCCAGUGACUCCACCGAUGACGAAUGGCAGUCCAUCUCUGCAGUGGCCUCUGCCUGUAGUAGCAUCCUGGAGGCGAUGUGUCACGAAGGAAGGAGACCGGCGGGAGAUAUAGCCCAAGCCCCAGGAGACGGCCCCGUCACAGAUGGACGGGUGGACUCCAUAAUGAACAACAGCGUGGAGAGUAGCAAUUUUCCUGGGGACCUCGGAGAGAAAGUGUCUCAGCUGGAAAACAUUCUGAAGAGGCUGCAGACUGACCUGCAAAAGGAGAAGGAGGACAAGGCAGAGCUGCAGGCGGAGGUGCUAACCCUCAGGGAGAACAACCAGCGGCUGCGCGACGAGUCCCAGAGCACGGUGGCCCGGCUCAUCAAGGUCACGGAGCUGCUGUGCAGAACCACCAAGCACUGAUAGCCCUCCACUACCCCCCCACUGUUUUGUGCCACAGACUCUGCCCCCUCCCCCCAUCUCUUUAUGUGCCAUGAGUCAGAUAUUUAGUGCUAUUGGGCAGCCCUGGGGUAAAGGGUGAGUGUGGACCCAAUCCCACACCCUUGUAUUGGGCCCCCCACACCUCCAUUGACAGCACCUACUGCACCCCGCACACCCACUGGCUUUCUGAAAUGAGCAUUCAGACACACACACAAACACACAGACGUGCAUGACCAAGCGCAGUCUACUGUCAGCUGCCUUGGAUCCUCGAGCAGAUGGGGGCCCAAGCAAGUGUAGCAGAGAAGGGUCUGGCUGCGGAACACUGGGCGAUCUUCACAAAGAGGACCUCCACUGUGGGGCUGGAACGCACGUGAUCUCCACAAAGAGAACCUCCACUGUGGGGCUGGAACGCACGUGAUCUCCACAGCGGGACCGGACGUGGUGAUGCUGGAGAGGACUCAGUAGACUGAGCAUGUGCAUAGACAGCACCCAGCUUUCUUUAUAAUUAGGAAGAUGGAUAUUUCUCAUAAGUAUAUAAUACUUAUAUUACAUAAUAUAAUACUUAGAGGUUAGAAUUUCUCACUGAAAUAGCAAAUUUAAAAUAAAUACUAGUGUUUAUAAAUACUAGUGUAUCUCCCUCCCUAAAAUAUUAACAUUCAUUCCUGUUGAUUUAAAUGAGAAUAUUGACGUCCAUUCCCAGUGUUGCACUAACGUCAUAUCCAGCACUAUUGUGGAGGUCAUGUGAUCUCGAGCCUCCUAGCCGAGGUGCAGCCUCUGUUCCUGAAGUUUGCAUAACAUCAUGUACGGCCCAGGAGUGUAGGUCAAGUGAUUCCUGGUCCCGCAGUGGAGAUCUCCCCAGUGGAGGUCUGCUAGUGUUCUACAGCCAGAUCCUCUUGGAGCAGCAGCUGGUUGAGAUACAAUGGCUGCUAAUUGGCCCCUCCUCUCUCCCUCCCUCCAGCCGUGCCCCCCACUCAUGCACUGAAGACCGCUGGACGGCUGUGGCGGCAGCGCUGGUCCGAUCGGUCUGAUAGUGUGACUGGAACACAGGCUCCACAGGACUCCCUCGUGUGUUCACACGUGUGAGUGUGAACACUUGUGCCCAGACGCAGUUGCUGACCUCACAUCUGAUGUCAAAUAUAUAUGAAGUUAUGACAAAUAUGUGUAAUACAUCAAUGAAAGUGGCUGUGUCAUAUGUGCGUGGUUUUGUGGGUGUUUGUGCCAAGCUCACCCUCUACUCUGCUCAAACUGCGCCACCUGCUGCCCAUAUCUUGCAAACGCAGCCUCAUUUCCUGCCUGCACUGAUACUGCUGCACAUGACUGUGGUUUCUGAGGACACAGGUGUCGGACAACAGCUCAAAAUUAGAAGCCGUCUAUCGCAAAAAGUGUCACUGGAAUAUGGACAACCGAAUUCACCCUCAGGAAACUGUGACUGAUACUUAUGAAGGAGUCCUAAAUUGAAUGAGCCAAAAUGUGUGUUUUAAUGCCUGAAAGGUGCACUUUUGUCAGUUCAGUAUUAAGUAACUUUGCAUGCCUUGCUGGGAUUGUCCGGACAAAAGAUAAAAAGCCUAAGAAAUGCCAGGAAGACUGAGAUAAUAGGCCCUUGUUUUCGACUGUGGCAGAAAUGUGUGACCUCUAAACCCACACGGAGCACAAGUCUUGUGACCAGGGCCACCCCUCCAGCUUACAGGCUCAGGAGGCUGGCCGAGGAGAGUCACCCUGUCACCCAGGAUACGGUUACUUAUCACGACCUUGGAGAUGUGAUCGACAGAGGGCAUGACCUGUGGGAAUCGGGAGGUGCAAGGCAGCAAGUCAGAUAAGACCAUUAGCCUGAGGACAAAUACAAUGUGAUCCGGCACUGGUUAAUUUCCAUGUCCAUCUGCCAAUGAGCACUGGUCUGUAUUUCCUUAGCCUUCAUAAGAAGACCAUCUAACAGAGAGCAAUGCAUAUUUGAUUGUUAACAGGCUUUUAAAGGGAUGCAAAGUAAAUUAUAAAAUAUUUAAUUACUUUCAUAUUGUACAAACUUUCUUUGUGAAAAUGUUGAGCCUAAUUUUCUAGAAUUUGAUUUACUGUGAUUUCCUGGUACCAGCAGUUUAUAUCCAGAUGAAAUGAUAAAUUUUUAUUUUGUUACGCAGUUGAGCUACGUCAGUGAAUAUUUUGCAUUUAGCUUCCACCUGCCAAAGCUGCAAACAUGGCAGAAUGAAGUUCGCAGCAAGCCUGUGGCUGUACCUUAGCGCCAAGCUCUUUAAAUUCAUAGUUUGCUAUUGUUUUAAGCAGAGCUCCUUGUUGCUCGAAAUUUAUAAAGCAGCAACUUGGUUUUAAUAAUUAUCCUUUUGUAAAAAAAAAUACAAAAGAAAUAAACAGGCUAAAAGCCUAAAUCAUUUCACUGAU